UCUCCUCUAUCUUGAUGUGAUUCUCUCCACUAUUUAUCUCUCUCCCCCAAAACCCAUCAACCUUUACAAAAGAGAAAGAACCCAGAAAAAAAAAGGAAAAAAAAAACCACCAUGAAUUUUUCCUCCAUUCCUCCUUAUCUUGAUCCUUCCAACUGGCAACAGCAAGUAACCCAUCAACUGGGAAGCAGCAGCAGCGAUGGAGGAGUUAGUUCCCACCUUCCUCCUCCUCCUCUCCCACCGCCGCCGCCACCUCCGCCGCCACCUCAUGGCGUCAGUGGCACCGGCUCGAUCCGGCCCGGUUCGAUGGCUGAGCGAGCCCGAAUGGCCAAUAUUCCGAUGCCGGAAGCAGCAUUGAAGUGCCCAAGAUGUGAAUCAACCAACACCAAAUUCUGUUAUUUCAAUAACUACAGCCUCACUCAGCCUCGCCACUUCUGCAAGACCUGUAGAAGGUAUUGGACGAGAGGUGGCGCCCUGAGGAACGUCCCGGUGGGAGGCGGUUGCCGGAGGAACAAAAGAACCAAAGGGAGCAGUUCGAAAUCUCCAGUCAGCUCGGACCGGCAGCAGACCAGCGGUUCGGGCAAUUCGUCGUCAAGUGCAAUAGCUUCCCACAACAGCGGAGGCCUUUCCCCUCAGAUCCCGCCGCUCCGGUUCAUGGCUCCUCUCCACCACCACCAUCACCAACUAACCGACUUCGACAUCACCGGCUUCAGCUACGGCGCCGCCCUCUCAGCUCCUGCGACCGGCGCCGGCGACCUCAAUUUCCAAAUGAGUAACGCUAAUUUAGGUGGAGGAAGUAAUAGUAGUGUUGGGUCUCUGUUGGGGUUUGACCAAUGGCGGGUCCAGCAGCAGCAGCCUCCCCAAUUCCCCUUCUUGUCCGGAUUGGACCCCUUUGACGGCGGCGGCGGCGGAGAUGGGUGGCAAAUGAGGCAGAAAUUACCAUCAAAUUCGAGGAAUGUAACCCAAAUUGGGAAUUCGGUGAAAAUGGAAGAAACCCCAGAAGUUAAUUUUGGAAGGCAAUUUCAGCUGGGAAACGAGCAAUAUUGGAGCAGUGGAUCCAUGGCAUGGUCAGAUCCUUCUGGUUUCAGUUCUUCUUCUUCAACCAGAAACAACAACCCUUUAUAGAAAAGAUACCAUAUUUAAUUAAAACACCAAAGGGAUGAAGAAGAAGGGCUGAAAUUGGUACAUUGUUUCUUCUUGUCAUGAUGAUCAGAAAAACCCUAGAAAUAUGGUAGUUUUUUUUCCCUUUUCAAAAUGAUAUCUUUUUGGGUUUUUUUUUUAUUUGGGUUUAGAUUUUAGUAUUUAGGAUUGCAGUGGAGAGAUGAGAAGUGAGAACAUUUUUAUUUACUAUAUAGAUAGAGAAUGUGUGUCUUUCACCUUCUUGAUCGUA